AUGACGGAUGCUCUGGAAAUCCCCGAAACAAUGCUGGCGGUCAGGGCUCGGGGCCCCGGCCAGCUCUACUUGGACCCGACGACGCCGGUACCGGCAGUACGGUCAGGCUACCUUCUGAUCCGAGUCAUGAGCGUUGCGCUGAAUCCGAGCGACUACAAGCGACUGGCCGUGUUCGGGGAGGGCACUCCGCACACGAUGGGCUGCGACGUCGCGGGCCGUGUCGUCUUGUGCGGAGAGGACGUCAACCAGGACUACCGGCCCGGUGACCGAGUCGCCGGGCUAUGCUACGGCAUGAAACCAGGAGAUCCUUCGAGCGGCGCGUUCGGCCAGUACGCCCUUCUCAAGGGCGCUCUCUCGAUGCGCGUGCCCGAGCACGUCAGCGACGCCGAAGCGGCUACCAUAGCCGUCGGAGUCAAUUUCGCUGGCCAGGGUACGUACUUGCUCGCCCGGGGCCCCGUUCCGUCGGUCCUGAUCUACGGCGGCGCCACCGCUACGGGCAUGAUUGCGCUGCAGCUGGCGCGGCUCUCGGGCUGUCGGGUGUUGACGACCUGCUCGCCCCGCAACUUCCAGCUCGUCAAGGCCCUCGGGGCGCAUGAGGCAUUCGACUACCACGACGCCACCGGCUGCGGGCCGGCCAUCCGCGCAGCUACCGGCGACGGGCUACUGUACGCCCUGGAUUGCGUCACGGUCGGCGACAGCCAGCGAAUAUGCGCCGACGCUCUAACCGCGCGUGGGUCGGGCGUUGCCAAGUACACGGCGUCGCUGCCCGAUGGUGACUCGUUUCCCCGUCUCGACGUGCAACAUGGCUGGACCUCGGGAUAUUCGGCCUUUGGCGAAGGGACCCAUCUUGCCGGCCCGCUGGGCGAGGCCAAUGCUGCUGACUUGGAGUUCGCCGCCCGCUUCUGGAAGCUCGCCGCCGAAUUGCUGCGCCAAGACCGCAUCAGGUUGGGCUCUCUGGUGCACUUGCGAGAUGGAGGACUACAAGGUGUGCCGGAAGGAUUGUCCGAGCUGAGGAGCGGUCGUGUCUCUGCUGGCAAGCUCGUGUACGUCUUGCAGAAGUGA